AUGACAAGUACUGGCACCUCCUCCAGUAAUGGUAGAACCAUGAAGAUUUUGGUAGAGAGGGUUAUUAUGAAUGAUAAUUCAGCAACAUCUUCAUCUUUGAAUACAACAAUACCUGAUCAUUGGGAUGUUCCGAAAAAUUCAUCAUCUUCAACAUCUUCACCUACUACAGUAGUAAUACCUCCAGAAAAGUUUAAAGAUCCUUGGAUUGGAGUGAAUCAUGAUAAAUCAGUACUCGAUGGAAUGUCAAUGAUGAAGGAUUUCUUAUUUAAUUCACCAUCAAUUCCGAGUGAUGAAGAACUUCCUCAAUUGAAACCGAAUUGGGAUAAAUUAAUGAACCCUAGUGAGUCUUCUGAUGAAUAUCAAGUGACAUGGAUUGGACAUUCGACCUUUCUCAUUCAGUACAGAGGUGUAAAUAUAAUAACAGAUCCUGUAUUUUCAGAGAGAUGUAGUCCUUCACAGUAUUUUGGUCCAAAGAGAAUUAAACCAAUUCCAUUUCCAGAUAUCUCUAAAUUGCCAAAGAUUCAUUUUGUGAUUAUAUCUCAUAAUCACUACGAUCAUUUGGAUGAACAUGCAUUCAAAGAGAUACAGAAACAUCAUGAUCCAAUUUUCUUGUUACCAUUCAAAAUGAAAUACAAGUGGAUGAUGAAACAUUAUUCAAAUAGUGAUGCCGAGAAGGAAAAACUUGUAGAUUUGGAUUGGUGGAAGGAAACUACAUUCAAGGUUACAGCUGAGAAUCAGACAGUUUCCAAUCUGUCAUUCGUAUGUCUGCCAGCUCAGCAUUGGAGUUCAAGAACAGGGUUUGAUAGAAAUCACGUCUUGUGGGGUUCUUGGGGAUUCAAGUUUGAUUAUACUGAUGGCAAUGAGAAUGUGACAAGAUCUUUCUGGCAUGCAGGUGAUACAGGUUACAAGUAA